AAAAGAACAAAAGCCCCUUAAACCAAACCAUACCAUACGGUCCACACCUAACCAUCAGAUUUUGUGCGUAUAAAUUGAACACCCACCAAACUCACGACUCCCCAUGCCAUUGUAGCAACCCACUUCCAACCUCCUGCCUCGUUGCUCGCACCCACACCCUCGCAAUGGACUGGACCAGGGGCCGCACCCUGGGUCGUGGCUCCUCCUCAGCUGCCGUCUCCAUCGCGAUGUCCCACCGGUCCAGUCGGGUUUUUGCGGUCAAGUCGGUCGAGCUCUCCAAAUCGGAAUUCCUACAAAGGGAACAGAGCAUUCUCUCUGUUUUGGGGUGUCCCCAAAUAGUAGCAUACGAGGGAUGCAGUGUCACGUAUGAGAAUGGUAAGUUUGUGUACAAUAUUUUCAUGGAGUACGCAUCCGGGGGAUCGCUCUCCGCCACAAUUCACAAGCAAUGCGGCGGUCUAGAUGAGCUCACGGUUCAAUCCUAUGCGCGCGCGAUUGUGCUGGGGCUCAAGUACCUCCAUGAAAAUGGCAUCGUCCAUUGUGACAUUAAGGGUGCUAAUAUUUUGAUUGCUAGAGAUGGGGCGAAGAUUGCUGACUUUGGUUGUGCUAAGCGGGUUGAAUUGGGUUCGGGCUUGGAGGCACAGAUUGCCGGAACUCCCCUCUACAUGGCACCAGAGGCCGCAAGAGGAGAGCACCAAGGGUUCCCCGCCGAUGUAUGGGCUCUUGGGUGCACUCUGAUUGAGAUGGCAACAGGGAAGGCCCCGUGGGGCGGUGAUGUUUUGGACCCGGUAUCGGCCCUUUAUCGAAUCGGGUUCUCAGGGGACUUGCCGGAGAUUCCGAGCUCUCUGUCGAAGCAGGGAAGGGAUUUCUUGGAUAAAUGCUUGAGAAGAGACCCCAGAGAGAGGUGGUCGGCUAGUGAACUUCUUCAACACAGUUUUCUCGAGGAGACCAACUUGAAUUUUCUAGUGAAAGAAAACUUUCAAGGCUCAAAUUUGGGUACUCCGACGAGCACAUUGGAUCAAACCUUUUGGGAGAUGGAAACUACCUAUGAUCCGAGUCAAGUGGAUUCUUCGAAUUCACCAGUUGAGAGAAUUCGACAAUUGGGUAAAAGCAUGUUGGGGUCAUCAUUGGGAAUGCCCAAUUGGGCAUUGGAUGAAAAUUGGAUCACCGUGAGAAGUAGUAAAAUUAAGGAUAUACAGAUGCUCUACCUUUUAGGUGGAACAGAGGUACUCUGUACGGCCCAAGAUAAUGUCCUGUUUUGUGCCAACCAAUCCACAGGUUGGAUAAAUGAGAAAAACGUGCCAUUAUGUUUCACAUGUAAUAAUGGCAAUGGUGGGGGUAGAAGUUGUAGUAUUGGGUAUGAAUAUAAAGGCUUUCCAUUAGGUUGCACUUAUAUUCAAGGUCUUAUUUGUAGAAAAUAUAGUUUAAAACAAAGAAAUACUUUUUUUUUUUUUUACUUUCUUCAACAAUAG